AUGGAGAAUCCAACUGCUGAGGACAUUAUAAUCCAAAAGGAAACGGAGAGCGUUGCUGCUAAGAUGGAGCUGGUUAGCAAUCACAAACGCUUUCUCUGGGCCUGCAACCUCAUCGUUGAGGUGGGAAUCAUGAUGUAUCACGGAAUGCUGCUCAGAAUUGUUCCAAAGUAUUAUCCGUUCAUGCGUAAUCAAUUCUGGAUCUCUAUCGGAUUCGCUCUCCUUAACAUCCUGGUCACUCUCAAGAUGAAGAAGUGUUUGCAAGGUUUCCAGGCCUCUGUCUCUUUCCUCCAUCUUCUCUGGAUCCUCUACGGAUUCGCAACCAUUCCAGUGUUCAUCACUGCCAUCACAGAGCCAAUCGCCGUUUGUAACCACGCUAUCCACUCGUGUGCCAUGGUCAAGAUGGGUGCCUUCGAGAUCAAGUUGGCCAUGGGAAUCGUUGCUCAGGCUGCUUUUGUGAUCUCCAUCUUCGGAGAGUUGAAGCGCCUUGCAGUCCUUAUUCAAUUCCCGUACGUGGCAUCCACCGAACUCUCUCACAUGGAUCUUGCAGAACAAGACACCGCAUCCGUCUCCGAGGAGAACGGAUUCCGCGAAUUGUCGGCUGACCAAUUGGAGAAAAAUCCGAAUGAUAUCGUCAUUGUCGCUUAA